CCAUCAAUUAAUUUUUGAUUUUUAAAGAAUAAAUUAUUGCUCCUUUAUAAUGAAUAAUCAAUAUCAAAAACAUAUUCAAGAUGAUGUUAGCGAAACUUCUCAUUACACUACUCCGCCAUCUUCGCCCUUAACACAAGCGAUUGAUCACAAUAUUAAGAGAAUUGAUAAGAUAAAACUGGAUAGCCACAUAACAAAAAAUUAUCAAAAUCAAAAUACUUCAAAAAUUGAUAACAACGAUAAUAUGUUUGAAGAUUUAUUGUCAACAUCAGAUACAGCCAGUCAAAAAAGAAAUUCUGCAUCAAAUGCUCCCCCUUCUAAUUUUAUAUUUGAAACUCAAAAAAAUAGAGUAAUCAAUUUAACUUCCAAUAUUAUUGAAAAUAUGAAACAAAAAGAAGAAGACUUGAUUAAAAUUGAUAUUAGUCAAUUUGAAUUCUCGUAUCCUACAAAGCCUCAAAGUUUUAUUAAAACUACUGAAUUAGGAGAUCUGGCAUUUCUUUAUCGGGUUAAUAAAAAUAUAGUAUCUGUUUGUUUUAAUAGAAUGCAAUAUGAAGCGGCGAUUCCACUAAGCCAGGUGACUGGAUUUUGUGUUACUGACAAUGGAAAAAUUCUUAUAAAAAUGAAGAAGAAUUAUCAACACUAUUUUUGCCAUCAUCUUGGAGAAUAUCCGUAUCUCCUUGAACCUACUCCAAUGAAUUAUGAUCCAACUGGUAAUAAAUUCGAUAGAGCACAAUCAUUAUUGCUAACUCCUCACUCAUCAGUAAGGCUUCCAACUUUAUCAUCACUGGAAUCCAGAAUUGAUAGAUUAUAUUUUUGUAAAAAUGGAAUUCAUAAUGAAGUUAAUACAGAAGACGAGCUAAAGAUAUAUAUAACAUGUGUUUUCCCACAUGAACGUCGAGCAAUCGCAUUUCCUAUUAAUGCCCAAUUCCAUAUAUUAUUGGAUACCAUCGAAAGUAGAUUUGGAAAAAAAUCUCCGAUUCCUCGUUACAGGAAGAACAAAGAAUGGAUUGAAAUAAAUAAUGAUGAAACUUGGAGAAUUAUAAAAGGUCAAGCAAUUGGAAAGAGAAUAUUGAGGUUAGAACUUCAUAUUUGGUAAAUAAGGAGCUGGAGGUUAGAUUUGUGGUGAUUAAGAAGGGAUAAUAUUACUAUUGAGCUUUUUCUGCAAUUUAAUUGAUGAUUUUCAUAAUAAUUUCCGUAACUACUUCAUAUUGUAGUUGUGAAAAAGUAUUUUAUUGAUAAUUUUACAAUGUACAAUAAUAGGAUAUAACUAUUUUUUAGAUAUAUGAGAAUAAAUUUAAAAACAGUUCAAAUUUUUCCAAUCU